ACGAGCAACAACCGCAAAAGUGAACACAUGAUUACUCCUUCCGUGAUCUGUGUGUGCAUAAGUACUGUGGCUGUUCUGUAACUACUUACGGCCUAAUUCAACGAAAAAAAUGUUUCAUUUGGUGUUGUCCCUGCUGUUCGGAGCAUUGGGGACUCUCGGGGCACCUGAAGUAGAUGAAAUAAAGUUCCUCCCUGGGCUUCAAAAGCAGCCUAACUUCAAACAGUAUUCGGGAUACUUCAAUGUGGCAGACAACAAACACCUUCACUACUGGUUUGUGGAGUCUCAGAAGGAUCCAGCUGGCAGCCCAGUGGUUCUGUGGCUGAACGGUGGCCCUGGGUGCAGCUCCCUUGACGGUCUACUCACAGAACAUGGGCCUUUCUUGAUUCAAAACGAUGGCAUGUCACUGGAGUACAACCCCUAUUCCUGGAACAUGAUUGCCAACGUGUUGUACCUGGAGUCACCAGCAGGUGUUGGAUUUUCCUACUCUGACGAUAAGAAGUACACAACCAAUGACACUGAGGUGGCCAUGAAUAACUACCUGGCCUUAAAGGAGUUCUUCAAAGCCUUCCCAGAGUACAGCAAGAAUGAGUUCUUCCUGACGGGCGAGAGCUACGGAGGCAUCUACAUCCCCACCCUGGCAGAGAGAGUGAUGGAGGACGCCAGCAUGAACCUGCAGGGUAUUGCAGUUGGCAAUGGGAUGUCCAGUUAUGAGAUGAAUGACAACUCUCUCGUCUACUUUGCUUAUUACCAUGGACUCCUUGGGACAAGGUUGUGGAUUGACUUGCAGGCCUAUUGCUGCGACAAUGGAAAAUGUGACUUCUACAACAAUCGGAACCCCAACUGCUCCAGCAAUAUUGAUGAGGUGCAGGAGAUUGUCUACAGUUCUGGACUGAACAUCUACAACCUGUACGCCCCCUGUCCUGGAGGAGUUGGCCAGAGAGUCAGCAUUGACAAUGGGCACCUGGUGAUUCGAGAUCUGGGGAAUAGUUUCAUCAACCAUGAAAGGACUCAACUGUGGAACCAGAAGCUGAAGGGUGUGGCGUCUCUGUACAAGCGUGUGAGGCUGGACCCUCCCUGCACCAACUCGACCCCGUCUACCCUGUACCUGAACAACCCCUACGUCAAAGCAGCCCUCCACAUCUCCCCCUCCGCUCUGCCCUGGGUGGUAUGCAGUGCUGAGGUAAAUCUGAACUACAACCGGCUGUACAUGGAUGUGAGGAAGCAGUACCUGAAGCUGUUGGGAGCUCUGAAGUACAGAGUGCUGGUGUACAAUGGAGACGUAGACAUGGCCUGCAACUUCCUUGGGGACGAGUGGUUCGUGGAGUCUCUCCAGCAGGAGGUCCAGGUGAAGAGGAGGCCUUGGGUCUACUACACCGGCGAGAGCCAGCAGGUGGGCGGCUUCGUCAAGGAGUUCUCCAACCUGGCCUUCCUCACCGUCAAGGGUUCAGGCCACAUGGUCCCCACAGACAAGCCCAUCGCUGCCUUUACCAUGUUCUCUCGCUUCAUCAAGAAACAGCCUUACUGAUCUGAGGCCUGCUGUGAACAAAGCCUGCAGGAAAGGCUCUUUCUCAUUUGAUUUGCACUAGCUCAUGGUGAAAAGCACUGGCUGGUAUCCAACGACCACUGACAUAUUCUCCAAGUGUUUUGUUAGCCUGGUCCCAGAUCUGUUUAUGCCGUUUCGUCAACCAUGGGAGUUGGCUGGCUAUACAGCACAAGCUGAUCUGGGACCAGGGCUAGUGUUUUUUGUAUGGUGUCCGCUUCGGGUGUUUGAUUCUGCUGUGAUAAGACAUGCUGCUGUAACCUGCCAGCUGAGAUUGAAUUAUAAAGGCAAUUGUGUGAUUUUAUGUAUUUGUCGAUUUAGGAGAAAUUCUAUUCCCCAUCACAUUGACUUCAGCUGUUUGCACUGGUUGAUGUUAUGUAUUCAGCGUUCCAUUGUACACAAGGCAAUGGUGGGGUGAAUCCUAACUUGCUCAAGUAAAAUUCACUUAGUCUCCCAUUGACAUCAAUGCAUGACUAAGUGGUGCUACCAACCUUUCAUUAUAAUGACAAUGAAACGUUUGUUCACAUAUUGUUCUCCAUAUAGUGUUAUUUUAAGAAUUAGUGGAUUAUCCCAUUAAAGAUGCAAUAUGCAGAAAUCACUCCGCCAUUUCCUGGUUGCUAAAAUUCGAAUAGUUUUGUCUAAAUGUAGUUUGUGACAACAAGCAGUCAUUGUACCAUCUAAACCUAUGUGAAAUAUAUUUUCAAUAACCACAAAUACUGUGUUAGAACCUGGUGUACAAAACCUGAAGUAAGAUGCAAAAAUGAAACUUAAGACCGGGAAGCAUAGAAAUAGCGCACAUGGAACAGAUCUAUGCUUCUUAGACUUGCUUUCAAUGAGUGACAGAUCUACAACGCACAUUUCUAUGUGAAUUUGGUCUGGUCGCCCAAAAAGUUCCAUAUUGCAGCGUUAAGUGGAAGUUGGGGGCAAAUCCUAUUUAAUAGCCUUAAAUACCUGCCUAUGGAGUCGGGAUCUGUUCAUGGUCAGGAAUUAUUUUCUUUUGGAAAACACCACCUAGAUGUACAGUAAAUCAUUGAUUAUAAUAACUUCAGUUUGUUACUACUAGUGCCUCAUCACAGAAAUAAAUACUUGUAAUCACUUUGAUCAAAAGGGAACAUGUCUAUGCUUAGCUGUAUUCACAUUGAUUCUGCCAUGGUUUUAUAAUAAACUUGACCAAUUUUUUCA